AUGAGUGACGCUGCCGCAGAGCCCCUGAUUUCCAACGACCGCGGCGUUCCGCAUGAUGUACGCGACCGCUACGAUGAAGACGACAAUGAGAGUAUAGGAGAGGAUGAGGUCGACGAGAGUGCACUCUUAUCUCCAGGGCUAUUUAUAUGGUGUCUGACUAUAUGUGCUGGGGUUUCUGGGCUGCUGUUUGGAUAUGACACUGGUGUAAUCUCCUCCACGCUCAUAUCUAUAAAUACCGACCUCUCCUCUCGACCUCUUACCACCCUCGACAAGAGCUUGAUCACGUCUUGCACCUCGUUCUUUGCGCUUCUGGCGUCGCCUUUAACGGGUAUUCUCGCUGAUACAUACGGUCGUAAAACUGUGAUCCUCGUCGCGGAUAUACUCUUCAUACUUGGUGCACUGUUGCAGGCAUGGACAAGCACUGUUGGAGGUAUGAUCGCAGGUCGGUCCAUCGUCGGCGCGGCAGUCGGAAGCGCGUCGUUCGUUGUACCUUUGUAUAUUUCUGAGCUGAGUCCCAGUCCUUUCAGGGGGCGACUGGUAGUGGUGAGCAGUCUUUUCAUUACUGGAGGUCAGGUUGUUGCUUAUAUCGUUGGGUGGCUUUUCUCGGAGAAACUGCAUGGCUGGAGAUGGAUGGUUGGUCUGGGGUCCUUACCAGCUGCCAUACAAUUCGUCAUGCUGUUCCUCCUCCCUGAGACACCACGAUAUCUUGUCAAGGCUGGACAAAUUCAACAAGCGAGGAAGGUGCUGGGCAGAGUGUACAAAACCGACGAAAAUGGGACAAAGUUGGUCAAUGCCGUACUGAGGCGUGUGGAGAAGGAGAUUGAAGAGGAAGAGGAUGCUGCGGGAUUGCGAGGUACUCAUGAUAUGGCUAAGAGUGCUUGGAGAGCCAAAAUGGACAGGAUUCAGGACAACUUCUCCCAGCUAGUUGCGAUUGGGGGCAAUCGUAGAGCGCUGAUUAUCGCAUGUAUGUUACAGGCCUUUCAGCAACUAUGUGGAUUUAACUCCUUAAUGUACUUCUCCGCCACAAUCUUCCGGCUCGUCGGUUUCGAAUCCCCAACGCUCACCUCGCUCUCCAUCGCCAUAACAAAUUUUCUCUUCACACUGGUGGCAUUCCAUUAUAUCGACCGCAUUGGGCGCCGUCGUAUCCUCCUCUGGUCCAUACCCAUUAUGAUCAUCGGUCUUGCCCUCUGCGCCAUCGCAUUUCUCUUUAUCAACCUUCCCACUGAAGAAGCGUCUGCCACGGCCAUUGCUGGAAACAACAAGAUUUGGCCUCUCAUUAUCCUUUUUUCAAUGAUAACCUACGUCGCUGGCUAUGCUAUAGAUAACAUGCCUCCCGAUAACAACCUCCCAGGCGGCGGUAUCGGCUCUUCGUCUCCUAACGCCAUACACGAUAAGCGUGCCCUCGUAAAGGAGGUUUCAGAUACACUCGACUCUUCUACAUACUACGACGCAGCUGCUGAGAAAGAAGCAGAAGAGUUGGCUCUCGUGUUGGAUGCUGCAAGUGAGAAUGUAGCGGAGAUUGAAGGUGCUGACGACGAUGUCAAGGUGAACAGGUGA